GAUAGGAUAAUCAUGUCGGCUGUUAGUUCUCCUGUCUUUUUUCUGUUCUGAAGUCACGUUGAUAUUGAAAAACGUAGUUUGCUUUUCUUAGAAUUAAUACUUUAUUUUACAGUACCAUGGAACACAGCAACUCCUGGUCUGCCCUUUCUAACGCCGGCAACAGUAUUGCCAACUCCUUCCACGACUACACCGUCAAUAGCAUUACCAACACAAGCUUCCACACCUGUCGCAAAUACGCUGGCCACAGCACUACCAACACUCUCUUCCACUCCUUUAAAUACCGCAGUCUUCACGGUGGAACAAUCCGCCUCCAGUAUGACACCAGCGAUGUCAUCUUCAAUCUCACCACCUGUGAUUUUGCCACCCGCUGUCCAGAGAGUACUUGUUGAUUUAAUCAGUUCCUUCAGCCAAAUCAUGCAAAAGAUUACAGGUCUUCUCGGACAGCCGAUCACUCCUGCAGAGUUCGAACAGUUUAGAAAUGAAACGUUGCAGAUUUUAGUGCAAAUUGAGAAUCAGCUACUUGUUCCCACUCCUACCCAGCCAAGCAACUUGCAAAUGGCGAAGAGAGCGAUAUCGAACAUCGCAAAUCUACAGGAUGUGGUAAAAAUGCUGGAGAAUAUCAAGCGAAGAUUGCUGGGUUAAGAUCUUACUUAAAGCCUGUGAUUUCAAGAUCUCAAAAGAUACUUUUUUCCUCGUGUACAGGAGUAAUAACUGACAUUUUCAUGGACGCAGUCGAAACUCUAAAUACCGUAGAUUAUCGAUUAAUUAAGUCACUUUAAAGGGCCUAAAUCUCACUUAGAAAUUUUAAAAGCUUAAUGGCUUCAAGUCUUCUAAUUUUCUGUCAGAAGUUGAGAUUCUUAAGGAGAUGCCUUAUGUAAAAUUCAUAGUGAAACUUUGUUUGACUAAACAGGUCGAAUUUGGUUAGGAGCCAAGAACGUAUUCCUCCUAACAGUUACGUACUACCAAGGGUCAAAACUUCCCGUUUUCAGGUAUACGCAAGACCUAUUUGAUACACUGAGGAAAAACUCUUUUACCAGACGGUAUUAACGCGACGCACUGAACGUUAGUGUAUGUAUCUCUGUAUCUAUAACUGUUCAAAAGAAAAUAGGUUUGGCAGUUCUACUGUCCAUUCAGAGCGCGCGUGGUAUCUCCCAGUUAUUUUAAAUCGCUCUAUAUCAUACAUCUAUCAUUUACCUCAUGGAUAUGGUUAAGCAUUUACAACUCAUGUUAUUUCAAAAUAAACAUUUAAUGAACCGUUUGCAGUGCUUCACAGCCCUGGCCUUGACAAAAGCCUUACAUUGUUUUGAUUUUAAAACCGAUUUAGUUGGUAUAUAGGUACCACGUAUGCAAUCAAACAAUUGUAGAUACUGUUUAUAUAGUGCAACCUGCAGCUGUUCCGGGUUGAAGGCAGAAAAUAAAGUGCGGGUGUGAUUGGCUGA